CGUCGCGUGACACUGACGGCGAACGUGCCUUCAAAACAGAACCUAUUUUCCGUUUCCUUCAAGCUUUCCGUUUAUCUUUCGUCUUCAGCCGAAACUUUCUUCCAUAAAUGUGCCGAUAAAACUGAACAAAAUGACGACUUCGUCAAAAUCCGAUGAACCGCACUGGCUGCUUGCCCGGAAAGGCAUAAAUUUGUUACUGAACAACAACCACGCUGAGGCCGAAGCUUUAUUCCUAAAGUACCCUGACAGUUUGACCAUGUUUGCUGGGUACUCGUUCGCCACUUUUAUGGACGCCCUGAUGAGUUUCGAGGACGACAAACUCAACAAAGCCCUCCGCACACUCAACGAACUGGAAAGGAGGUGCUCGAACCGAAACGGUUGGCUCAAAACCUUUUCCCAUAGAGUAUUCGGCACCGAAAACUCGCAAUCGGUUAUCGACCAGCUCGAGGGUCAAACAAUCCAAGCAGACUCGCAGGUGUGUAUCGCCAUACUGACUUUCUUGCAGGAAGACCUGUCGGGGUACUUCAAGGGCGGCUGGGCGCUGCGCAAAGCGUGGAAAGUGUACCAGAAAACGUAUAAGGAACUGAUAAAACUUCAUAGAGAGAGGAUAGGAGAGCUGCAACUGCCAGAGCCGGCGCCGACUCCUUCGAGUCCGACGGUACCCGGCGAGCAGCCAUCGCCAGAGAUGCUCAACGGGUAUUCCCCGUCCUUUCAUAAACCCUCCUUGUCCCAUUCACAGUCUCAAACGUUUGCCAAGAACGCAGACUCGCGCAGGAACCAAUCCAAAAGACCGAGCACGUUAUCGUUAAAAAAAUCAACUUCUAUAAACCAUCCGUUAAGUACCGAGCAGGAUUCCGGGCCGUUUCGACUCGGCGCAUUCACCAUUUCCGCCUUCGCUAAGCCUUUGAACCAACUCUUCGAAGGAAAACGCUCGCCCGUCGACGAUUUGCAAAUCGACGACGACACUAUAGUGAGACUGUUGAGAGCCGUCUCUUUCGGGUAUGGGCUGUUCCAGUUGGGUAUCUCGCUGCUACCGCCCACUCUCGUCAAACUCGUGAGCUUCUUCGGUUUCUCGGCCAGCAGAGAUAACGGAGUCGCGUGUUUGACUUACGCGAGACUUGGGGCCGACAUGAGGGCGCCACUGGCGAGCUUAUCUUUGUUGUGGUACCAUACCAUAGUGAGACCGUUCUACGCUAUAGACGGCACAAAUAUCCAAACGGGGGUGGACAUAUCCUCGGAAGUCCUGAGGGAAUCCCGGGAAGAGUUUGCCAGCUCCUCUCUCUUUUUGUUCUUCAGAGGCCGAGUGUGCAGGUUAAAUUCUGACAUCACGGAGGCGUUAAAGUGUUUCAAGCGGGCCAAUGAGCGAGCGACUCAGCGCGAAAUCAAAAUUUUGGCGAUGCACGAAGUUGGCUGGUGUCAUCUGAUUCGCUUGGACUACCGCAACGCUGAAGAAGUGUUUUUGUAUUUGAGAUGCGCUAGCAGAUGGUCGAGGGGGUUCUACGCUUACCUGGCCGUCAUCUGCCUAGGUGCGAGCGAUGACCACGACCGUUACGGCCACUUCGACCAAUUGAAAUCGUGCAUUCUGGGCAGCAGAGGCGCCCAACUGGACGUGUUUCUGCGCAGACGGCUGGCGUGCUGCCCGCGGGACGCGCAGUCCGCUCGCAAGCUCAAAGGGGUCUACUGGAAAUUGCUCGUCUUCGAGAUGUUGUACUUGUGGAACGCGAUGGCCAGCUGCGGCGCUCGCGGGAUCGAUCAAAUCCUCGAAGAUUGUAACAGCGUGGAAGGCCCCGAGGACGAGCCGAUGAAAGGUUUGACGAAUUUCGUCAGAGGGAUGUGCUUUUGUAUCGGGAAGAGUGAGGAAGAAGCAGCGGCGUGCUUCAGGAAGUGCCUGGACGAGAGGAAACACGAGGAGAUGAGCGCCGAAGACGCUCACAUCUCGGCUUUCGCUCAGUUCGAGUUGGGGUAUUUGCUCGUUCAAAAAGAAAGGACCAAAGACGAGGGCAAAUCGCUGCUUCAGCAGGUCAGCAGGUACAGCAACUACGAUUUCGAAGCGAGGUUGACCGUGAGGAUACAUUCCACAUUGAGAUAUUUAUAAAGAGCUUCAAAAGUCCGACAAUAUUAUAGCGAUUUACUUCUCACGCAUGCGGGGUGUAAAAAGUUGUCCGGCCCUGUAUUUUAGGGCCGACGAGUCCGUGUUAGGGUUUUUGGUAUCUAGUAUGAGCUGUCAUGUAAGUUGUAGAGGGGAGCUUUGGACGUCAAAUUUUAUAACACAGUGAUUAGGUAAACAGAUAUUUGUAAUUGCAGAUAGAAGCAUUUUUCACGAAACAUAUAUUUUUUUAGAAGUACCGAAAAAAUUCAAAAUUCAAUUUCUAUUUUAGACGCCUUCUUCAUUUUUGAGUUAUUUGAAAAAGUUGAAAUACGCCACUGUGAAAAACUAUUAUCGUAGUAUUAAUUACCACAAUAAUACAGAAGCAAAAUGAAAAUUUCGAUCCAAAGUUCAAUAAUAAUAGUAUUGGUAAUAGAUACACAGAUUUUAAGCGAGAGCUAGUCAGUUUGAUAGUGCAACGUUUAGUAAUAUAUUCUGUUAAAGGAAUAUAUAUUGUAUGUGGCAAUAAGUACAUGGAAAAGGUAGACGGUACCUAUUUCAAAUAAAAGAUACGAUUCAAUCGUCCCAUCUCUAGUCUGUGUCGAGAACUUACUUUCAGGUGUUCCUUCCAGUCUCGCAUGGAAGGCUUUGAAAGGGCGGUGUUGCCAAAACAAUGUUUUAAUACCAAUUUCCCAUUUUUUGUUAGUUUUAUUUUUCAUUUGGACAGUUUGAAUUUGCUUGUUAAUUUGAUGUUAUUGGUGAAUAAUAUCUUCAAUCCCAACUUAGUGACGAACGCCAAGAUGGUCGAUUUCUGGUAAAAAAUUGUUCUUCUUAAAACACUAAUAACAAGGAAUGUGAUCAACGCUGUUACACUAAACCCAAAAAGAUAUUUGAACGGCGAUUCUACUGUAAGAAAGCUGACAGUAUCCCCCCUGUUGCAACGUUUUUCUUUAAAUGGUACAUUUUUUAUCGUAUUAUGUUUGUUUACUAAAAAAACACCCCGCAUCAUCUUGCAUUCACUUUUGUCGCAAAAUUUUUCCGUCCACGAAAAGAAAAACCCGAAGUUAUUUUUACUAUUUAAUACCCGAACAAUAUAAUUACUAAGAAUAAAUUUAUUGUUAAAAGUCAAUGUAAACUUUACAAAAAUAAAUAAGCUACGCAACAAUUAAGUCCGUUUUUACGCAAAACUACGGUCUACCGCUUUCCAAUCUCCCGUGGACCCUAAACCUGGAACAGAAAUUCGCGAACUCCUG